AUGACCAAUAAAAGCGAUAGUAUGUCAACAUUAGUGGCUGUUGAACAAUAUAUGUCAAUAUAUGGACCAUUUAUUUUAGCUACACUUGGAAUAAUUGGUAAUAUACUUUCUAUAUUAAUAUUUUUAUCACCUCGAUAUCGUCGACAAUCGUCUCAUUUUUAUCUAUUAUCCCUUGCUUUAUCUGAUCUUUGUUUUCUUGUUAUAAAUCUUCUCGAAGAUACAUUUCGUAAUCAUAAUGAGUUAUAUAAAUCACGAAUAAAUUUUCUUGAUCGUAGUUCAUCUAUUAUGUGUAUAUUUGCUCAGUAUAUAAGAAAUGAAACACGAUUAUUAUCAUCAUGGAUUAUUGUUUCAUUUACAAUUGAACGUCUUCUUGUUGUAUUUUAUCCAUUAAAACGUGGUAUUAUAUGUCGUCGUAAAAUUGCACGUUUUGUUGUUUUUAUUCUUUUCAUAAUAACUCUCGUAUGUAAUAUAAAUGUUCCAUUUCAUUAUGGAAUAAUUAAUUUACCUAAUUAUUUACAAAAUGAUACGAUCUGUGAUAUAUUACCAAAAUAUCGUCCAAUCUAUAUGAGAUUUGCUAUAACAACAAUGAUUACUGUUUAUUUACUACCAAUGUGUAUUAUUGGUUUUGUUAAUAUGCUUAUUUGUUGUAAACUUUGGAGAAAUAGUUUAGUAAUGGACAAAUCUGAAACUACGAAAGUAACACCAGGAAGACUUGAUGCAUUUGCUUCAAGUCAACGUUCAUCUUAUAUUACAGAAAUUUUAUCAUGUAUACAUUUAUCAGCAAGAUCAUCAGGAUCACCAUCCUUUGUAGCACAAAAACUACAAUCAAGACGUAAUUCAUCAUCAAAUCAAUAUCAAUUAAGUGGAAAAUUAUUAAAUAAUAAUAAAAGAUUAUCACAGGGUAAUGGUUUCUUAGAUGUUGAGGCAAUUCGAUCACGAUCAUCAUCACGUUCUUUAUCAAAUUGCUCGGUAAAUUUUCCUAAUCAAUCAAAAUCUUCAUCAAGUACAGUAAAAACUCAUAUUCAAUCACGUACACAUCGUGUUACUGCAACAUUAUUACUUGUAUCUUGUUCAUUUCUCUUAUUAAAUACUCCAUAUUGUGCAGUAUGGAUUGCUAAUUAUGUUCAUGGUUUUACUAAUAUGACAUUAAAAUCAAUUAAAGAAAUAACUGAAUUAUUUAUGUUAACUAAUUUUUCUAUUAAUUUUCUUUUAUAUUGUGUUAGUGGAAAAGUUUUUCGUAGUGCACUUAUUUGUUUACUUCGUUGUCAUUGGAAAGAAUUAUAUGAUAGAAAUGAAUGUGAACGUAUGAUACAAAGAAAACUUCGUCCAAAUCUUAAAAUUCAAUUAAAUGAAACGAAAUUAAAACCACGAUAUUGUUCUCUUCUUCGAAAUAAUCAACUACAUCAUGUAACAACAUCUUCAUCAACAAAUUCCAAGUGCUUAGUUUUACAUAAAUCAUCACGAUGA